AUGAUUUUUCGGGUCUUUGCUAUCCUGGCAGCCAUUGUCGCAUACCUGCUGCAGCCGCACCGACACCUCAGCGCCUCGGCGGCGGGCUAUGUGAAGCAGGGGCAAUGGGCCCUGGUGCUGGGCGGCAGCCACGGUCUGGGGGAGGCGUGGGCACAUCAGCUGGCGGCCCUAAAGCUGAACCUGAUCCUGGUGGCCAGGCAACCGAAGCCGAUGGAGACCUUGAAGGAGGCACUGCUUAGCAAGGUGGACAUCGAGAUCGAGACCUGGACCCAAGACCUGGCGAACCUCACGGAGACCUGGCUCUUGGAGACCCUGGAAAGACAUCAGGUCCGACUCCUGGUCGUGAAUGCAGCUUUCUCGGGGCCACGUGGCACCUUUCUGGAUGGUGGCUUAGGUGAGUCCAAGACCGUGAUCGAUGUCAACAUCCUGGCCAUGCUGACUAGUGCGCACGUCUUCGGAAACCACCUAUCACAACAAGGUGCUGCAGGCGGCAUGGUGCUGAUGUCCUCUCUGGCAGGGGAAAUAGGCGGUGCCUUUAUUGCCAACUAUGCUGCCUCCAAGGCCUACAUCACGACGUUUGCACAGGGCUUGAACACCGAAUUAAGUGGAACAGGAAUCGAUGCCAUGGCUUGCCUCGCUGGACCCACGGUCACUCCGACCUACCUUGGCGCCGUUUCCAAAGAGACAGCAAGGAACACGUACAUAGAGCAGGAGCCCUACGAAGUUGUCUCGGAGUGCCUGGCAAACCUGGGCAGGAAUUCGUGGGUGGUAACGGGGCCUUUGAACAAGCUCGUUCACUUGGUGUUCACCCGGCUUCUUCCACGCAGCCUGGCUUCGCAGGUCAUCUCAGACCAGACACGAAAGCUGCUUGGGCUUUGA